GUUAUCUACCUUAUAUGUUCAGUUAAUAAAGGAAACCAAUUUUUUUCCAUUAUACGGACAUUAACAAAUUAAACUGCAAGCUGAGCCUAAGUGAGAUUUUAGAGCUAAUAUUUUUCUUUGUCAUGGAUAUACCCAUGACCACAGCAGUGACUCUAACAGGAAAAAACUAAAAACACAACUGACUGGUACAAUAUGUGCCGCGAGGUGUGUGGAGUCAUAGUUUAUCAUGAACGACAAGGGGAAGAUGGUUGGGACAAACGAUAACCCCAUUCAGAUCGAUGAAGCAAGAUUUGCUGCUCGACGAAAAUACAGUUGAGGAAGAAUGCUGAAUAGCGACAACGCUCCUUUCUUCGAAGACAGUAAUGCAGAACAACGAUACAACAGGAACCAUACACGUAGAAUUGAUGGGCCGUGGGUUUUUGGUCUCAGAGUGUCGAUACUUCUGUGUGGAACGAUGUGACGGGAACAGUCUGAACCUAAUCAUUGAAAGAGACUGUGAAAAAGGUUCACUAAUUCAUUCAGACGAGUGGCCCGCUUAUAAUAAUUUAAAUGCCAUAGGUUAUCACAGGCAACGACAUUAUGCGGAUCCAGUGACUGGAGCACACACUCAAGCCAUUGAGUGAUCAUGGUUAGAUGCUAAAUCUAUGAGUCUGGAAAAAAAAAAAAAAAGGGAUCUCUGAAGUAUCUCUGGAAUAUCUGAAAGAUAAGAAGCCUGAUGUUACCUCUAGGAAAGCACACGCCGCCAUCAUUUUUUGGACACGAUCUUUUAGAGUUGAAAAAGCAUUUACGGCAAACCGACUCCUGUUAUCGGACAAGCAGUAAAAGCGAUGAAUCCAACAUUAACGAAAUGGCUCAUUUUCAUAGAUUACUCGAUGUUUUACAGAGACAGCAACACCUGGAAAUUAAUCAUAUCGUGAGACCUCUUAGAACGAAAAGCCAGUGGUUAAUUCGUUCUGAAAAACUCUGGGAAAUAUUCAAAAGUGAAGUCGAUCCAGUUGUACAUCCGGUAGCCAUUUCAGAAUGGGAACCUUUAGAAUCCAGUUGGCCCAAGAAGCUCGAAUCCGAUGCAACUUUGUCUGCGACGAAAGACUCUAAAGCACCAAUCCUGUACUUAAAAGAGAAAGAUUUUUGGGGAUACAAUGUGAAAAUUACCCCAAAUAUUGGAAAACCCAUAUCACUGGGGCUUUCCGUAUCAAAUGAUUGGCACGACUCCCCCGAAAUUUCGUUCCAGGCGAUCUGGUCAUCUUCCGACAAAACUCCAGAUAACGAAAAUUUGACUGAAACUGAUGUUGAGAAGUGUAGUGUCAAAAGUAUGGUCAAAAUACAUGAAUCCCAAACGGAGGAACUCGACCAAAAUAAUGUUCACUCCAAUAGAACAGAAAUAGGUAUUACUAAUAUUUUAGAAGUGGGAGGAAAGUUGAAACAGAAUGAAGAAAUUCAGUUAGAAUCUCAGUGUGUGAACAAAAAUGAAAACGACUACAACAAAUUGGAAUUUAGUGAACAGUUGCCAAAUUGUUCAAUUAAAGAAAUCUUUGACAUUGAAAACACAAUAACCCGUUGCAUUUGCACUCAAACAAAACCUUCAAUCAUUGAGAAAUCGGUUGUUUUUCCGAGACGGCUGUUUUCACCGGGUUUGAACGCUCGAAGUUAACUAAAGCGAAAUUGUAAUCGCAAAGAACUCCUCAUAGUAAACCUAAUCUAGCUUUUAACGCUCAUCACCGACCUUGUUAUUUUCUAUUUCAAUAAUGUUUCGUAUCAAUAUUAAACAUAGUGUUUAGGCGACGGUUAACGAUUAAAUCUCAUUGAUAAGAAAUGAUCCGAAUAAGUUUUGGUAUCUAUUUCCGUUCAAUGUUUUGGAAAUUUAUUCUUUUUAUAAACGGUUUUAAAAUGUUUUGUCUAAUCUAAUUCAAAUAAAGUCAAUGUGUCUUUUUUUUUUUCUUUUAAAUUUACACACACGGAGAACAAUUACGAUCAUUCAACAUUGUUCAAUAUUUUAGAAUAUUAAUCGUUAUGGGUGUUCCGAGUUCAUUUUCUAGUGGAAGUCCGUUCAGUGUUAUAUACGAAGACUUGUUGAACGGUAAUUUUUCUUUUAAUGUAAUGCAUAUUUCAACUAUAGGAAUUUACUUUACGCUGUUUAUGCAAGGUACGAUCAGAAACCGUCCCAUAUUUUACACGGCCGUUGCUGAACCCCAAUAAAGUUAGAUGGGUGAAAAGGACCUCUUCAUAUAACCAUUUUAGUAACCAUCAUGGUUUAAAUUGGUGUACAACGUACUCUUACUGAUAAAAGGCUUAUCAAGAGUACUGAUUCUAAGAGGUUUUUACCUAACUUGCAUUUAUAUUUCUCUUUUCUAUAAAAGUUCACUUAUUUAAACUGCUAAUGUUGAUCUAAUGACCAAAGAAUUACAGGAACUUUUUUUUUCUUCACCGUCACUAAUGUCGUGCUUUGGCCAACUCAAUAUAUCUGUAUUAAAGCGGGGAAGUUUCCUGUUGUACCCAUAGAAACACUAUAUAACUAAACAUUUCAAGUACAUCAAAGACAAUAGACCCAUCCUUUGUUUCGCUUACCAUAACAAAUUAAGUAACUUAAUUGUUCCAAUUUCGAAUAUUACUUCCACUUUGCGCACGCGAAUCAAAACCCAUCCCAACAUCUUUACCUAUUCACGUACUCUCCUUGCUACUUUGUGUAGACAUUUACUCACUGCAACAAACAAUUUUGGUCAUUGACCUCACUUAGCUGUACCGAUCUGACUUGUCCACUAUCAUCCACACUGUAUUCCUAACGGGUCUAUAGCCUUAAUGAAUUCUUCAACAUUUCCGUGUAUCUACCACAACCUAUGAAAAUGUUAGGGUGCGUAUCUCAGCUACACGAGUAAAUUGUUAGACUUUGUUAGUUAUCGACCAAUCACUAAUAUUUACAUACUGAUAUUUGCAAAAAAUGGACGUCUCUUUACCACUACUUUUAUUACAUCGAGUCUCUUCGCCUUCUCGUUGAUCACUAGUCUAGAGAUUUGCUAUCAUCUUUCCCACAAACGAGUACCUAACAUUAAUAAUUC